CCAACGAUUGCGCGUGUUUCAAAUUAAAUUAUUUUGGCGGGCUUGCCUGGUUUUGCCAGUAAUUAUACAAGUAGGGCUGCUUUAACCAAGUGUUUCUCAAUUUAUUCUGCUAUAGGACUGUUCUACAAAUAUUGUUAUGAAUGCUACGUUGCAUCAAGACAAGUGGGAUCAGAGAGACUUUGGUGAUACAUCAUUGUGUGUGUUCAAAAGUUCCGGAAACAAAAGAAACCAUAUAUACUUUGAAGGUGAAAGGACUGUUUGUAAAAAGCCGAGAUUAUCUGCUAAAGGACAAGAGUGCAUUUCAACGGUCAGUUCUGAGAUCUCAAACAACGAAUGUACUCAUACUAAUGGAUACCAGAAGCAUUUAGGCAAUAAACUGCCGCUAAAAAAAGAAUACGAAUUGAUGAAUGAUCCUACAGAAAACCACAUAAUAACUAUUCAUGAAACCUACCAACUUGGCUUCCUGAAUAUAAUGGAGGACAAUAGUGAAAGAAAACUAUAUACUUUUGACUUCGUGGACAGCUUGGAAGUCACUUAUCCGGUGAGUAUCACUUCGUCGGACGCCUUGCCUAUUGAUCUCCCUCCUCUUUUCAUGGAACCUGAGUAUUCAGAUCAGCUUACAGCCCUCGCUAACGAUGCCCUCAAUCAACUUACUCAACGUAUUAAUAAUUGGUUGGUUGCUUGUCAAGAAUCGGAUGAAAAAUUGACACUUUGGCGGCAUAUGAGCGCACAUCGAGCAUCUGCAGAGCUUAGAUAUCAAACCCUGCGCCUACUAAAUAUACUUGAACCUCACUUUCAGCACACUAAAUUCGAUCCUCAGUCUCCCAAUGUCGAUAAGCUUUUUUCUUACAUUUUAAGAAACUUGGAAUUAGGUCACUCCUCUGAAAGUAACAAGGAAUUGGAUCCCCCCAAAAAUAAUCCCGUUGUUUCUUUGUGUCCAGAUCCUGAGCACUGCCUCAGUAAUUUACGACAUCUUGUGCUAAGUCUUUUGCAAAAACUCCUCCCGCAGUUGGUACUCCCAAAAGGUUUCAAUUCUAAAGAUGAUUUAGUUCCACUUAUUGAUUCAGCUUGUGUUUAUAAUUUAGGUGUGUGAUAUAAACACCAAGAAUAUGUAACUUUAUUUUGAUAGAAGGUUAAAGUGUAUAUAUUAUCUAUUAUUUUUGUGUAUUUUGUGCUAGCUUGUCAAAUUUCAUAGAUUGUGGUUCUGCCACUAUGUAAAUAAUUUUUUCACAAACAAAUAAAAAUAUAUUUUAUGCAGUA